AUGUGGUUGGAGCUGUCACAUCAACCACAUCAACAAAACAAAAGUUUUCAACAUAUUACCAAGUUGUUUGUCCUCUGUGUGCUGCGCAAUGAAAUUUAAUUUUGUUUAGUAAAUUUAUUCAUUAAAAUAGUGCACAAAACGCAAAAAUAUGGCCACAAAUAUUUCCGCAAGCGUUGCGCAAACACUCAUCAGUUCCAGCAAAGCGAAAACCACGCAACAGCAGCCUCCACUGCAGCAGCCGACAAUCGUCAUUAGUCCCGACAUCCUGGACGAUCUGGGCAGCCGAUUCAUCAUCAAUGUUCCGGAAAACGAACGGCACAAUCUCAUCCGGGUGUGCUUCCAGAUCGAACUGGCCCACUGGUUCUAUUUGGACUUUUACUGUGUGGCCCAGAAGCAGAAGUGUGGCAUCAAACAGUUUGCCUUCCAGCUGUUCCAGCAUAUUCCAUUCCUACAACCGCACGUGAACUUUGUCGAAACCAUUCUCGAAGACUGGAAACAGUAUAAACUGUCGGUUCCCACAUAUGGUGCCAUUUUGUUGUCCGAGGACCUCAAACAUGUCCUACUGGUGCAGUCGUUCUGGGCCAAGUCCUCCUGGGGAUUCCCGAAGGGAAAAAUCAACGAAAAUGAAGAACCGGUACACUGCGCCAUUCGUGAGGUGUACGAAGAGACCGGCUAUGACAUCAAAAAUCUCCUGGUCCCAACGGAAUUCAUCGAACUGGUUAUUAACUAUCAGUACACGAGGUUGUACCUGAUCCGUGGGGUUCCCCUUAUGACGGUUUUUGCCCCUCGGACGCGAAACGAAAUCAAAUCCUGCCAGUGGUUCCCAAUCGACCUACUGCCAGUCAGCAAAAAUGACAACUUCGUCAAAGACAAUCUCAGUAUGAAUGGGAAUUCCUUCUUCAUGAUACUGCCCUUCGUGAAACGUCUCAAGAAGUGGCUGGAAAAAGUGCAAACAUCGAAACCGAAAGGAACUAUGGCUACGGGUUCUCCGGUUUUUGGAUCCGCUGUGAAACAGAACACCAAGUUUUUCGAAAACAAAACAGCCAACACGGGGAACCAAUCCGGAGGAAAUCGCCAGCGUCAGCGACACAAAUCGAUGGGGGAUCUCGAGCAGCAGCGUUCCAAGUCAAAUGGUGCGCAGAAUCUGGUGAACGUGGAGCAGCAGUUCAGCAAAAACACAGCCAAAGGCAGUGCCCAUCGAGAUGCCGCUGUAGGCCACCUGCCGGAUAUUGGUUCAGCUUCCGGUAAAAAGUACGGUAAGAAACAAUCGGUUCCCCUCAACGAGACCGUGAUUUCUGUCCAAUCGGCCGGAAACCGAACGCAGAUAAAACGGAAGCUGUUCGAUUCGGUAGCGGAAGAUGGUCAGAAAAAUGUCGUCGGGGAUGAUAAGCUAGAGCCAGUUACCCAUUUAUCCACAGACCCACUGGCAAUGUUUGACGUGUGCCAAGCUUGGGCUAAUUUUAAGUUUGACUACAGUAAAUUUGUGUAACUGCCGUUUUUUAUCCUAUGAGGUUGUAACGGAAAGUCAUCGUACGGAAUUGUUUUUUUUUUUAUUCUUUGACACCAAUAUGACACGGAUCUCUGAACAUUUA